GCGCGGGCCCGACUCCUUUUAAAUCGCUUCCCGAUUGGUUUCUUUUACACCAACCUUCUCUAUCAUCUGCUGCAGAGGCAUUGACCAAUCUGCUUCUACUGAGCUCCCCGCCAUGGCGAUGUCCAUCGGGCCGCUACUCGCCGCCGUCCUCAUCGUGCUCGUCGUCGCGGCCAGGGCGGCAGCGGAAGAAGCCAACGGCGCGCAGUCCACGUACAUCGUGCACCUCGCUCCUGACCACCCGGCCCUGGCCCUAUCCGCCGCGCGCAGCGGCAGCCACGGCGCGCUGCUCGGCCGCGUCCUCCAGCUCCCACGCCACCUGCAGGCACCGCGCCCUCGGCUGAUAUACUCGUACGCGCACGCCGCCACCGGCAUCGCGGCGCGGCUAACCGCGGCGCAGGCGGCGCACGUCGCUACCCAGCCGGGCGUGCUCUCCGUCCACCCCGACGAGGCGCGCCAGCUCCACACGACCCACACCUCGACGUUCCUCAGCCUGAGCCAGGCGGCCGGGCUCCUCCCCGCCGCGGCCGGCGCGUCCGGCACCGCGUCGGACGUCGUCGUCGGCGUGCUCGACACCGGGAUCUACCCCAUCGGCCGCAGCUCCUUCGCGCCGGCCAUCGCGCUCGGCCCGACCCCAUCCACCUUCUCCGGCGGCUGCGUCUCCGCGGGCGCCUUCAACGCGUCGGCCUACUGCAACACCAAGCUCGUCGGCGCCAAGUUCUUCUACAAGGGGUACGAGGCGGGCCUCGGCCACCCCAUCGACGAGACCAAGGAGUCCAAGUCGCCGCUCGACACCGAGGGCCACGGCACCCACACCGCCUCCACCGCCGCGGGCUCGGCGGUGCCCAACGCCGGGCUAUUCGACUACGCGCGCGGCCAGGCGGUGGGCAUGGCCCCCGGCGCGCGCAUCGCGGCCUACAAGAUCUGCUGGAGCUCCGGCUGCUACGACUCUGACAUCCUCGCGGCUUUCGACGAGGCCGUCGCCGACGGCGUCAACGUCAUCUCCCUCUCCGUCGGCUCCAGCGGCUUGGCCCCCAGCUUCUUCCGCGACUCCAUCGCCAUCGGCGCCUUCGGGGCGGUCAAGAAGGGCAUCGUCGUUUCCGCCUCCGCGGGGAACUCCGGCCCCGGGGAGUACACCGCGACCAACAUCGCCCCGUGGAUACUCACCGUCGGCGCGUCCACCGUUGACCGGGAGUUCCCCGCCGACGUGGUGCUCGGCGACGGUAGCGUGUACGGCGGCGUGUCGCUCUACUCCGGGGAGCCCCUGGGGUCGACGCAGCUGCCGGUCGUGUACGCCGCGGACUGCGGAUCCCGGCUCUGCUACCUGGACGCGCUUGACAAGGAGAAGGUGGCCGGAAAGAUCGUGCUUUGCGAGCGUGGAGGCAACGCCCGCGUGGAGAAGGGCGCGGCGGUGAAGCAGGCCGGCGGCGCCGGCAUGAUCCUCGCCAACACGGAGGAGAGCGGCGAGGAGCUGCUCGCCGACUCCCACCUCGUCCCGGCGACAAUGGUGGGGCAGACCUACGGCGAGAAGAUCACGCACUACGUCAAGACCGACCCGUCCCCGACGGCCACCAUCGUGUUCCGCGGCACGGUCAUCGGGAAGACGCCGUCGGCGCCGCAGAUCGCGUCGUUCUCGAGCCGAGGGCCCAACUACCGCGCGCCGGAGAUCCUCAAGCCCGACGUCACCGCGCCCGGCGUGAACAUCCUCGCGGCCUGGACCGGCGAGGCCUCCCCCACCGACAUCGACAUCGACCCGCGGCGGGUGGAGUUCAACAUCAUCUCCGGGACGUCCAUGUCGUGCCCGCACGUGAGCGGCCUCGCCGCGCUGCUCCGGCAGGCGCACCCGGACUGGAGCCCCGCGGCGGUCAAGUCGGCGCUCAUGACCACGGCGUACAACGAGGACAACUCCGGCGAGACCAUCAAGGACCUGGCCACGGGCGCCGCGUCCACGCCGUUCGUCCGCGGCGCCGGCCACGUCGACCCCAACCGCGCGCUGAACCCAGGCCUCGUGUACGACGCGGACACCGCGGACUACAUCGGCUUCCUCUGCGCGCUCGGCUACUCGCCUUCCCUCAUCGCCGUGUUCACCAGGGACGGCUCCGACGCCGACUGCUCGGCGAAGCCCGCCCGCUCCGGCGACCUCAACUACCCGAACUUCGCGACCGUUUUCUCCUCCUACAAGGAGUCCGUCACCUACCACCGGGUGGUGCGCAACGUCGGCAGCAACGCCAGCGCGGUGUACGAGGCCAAGAUCGAGAGCCCCGCCGGCGUGGACGUCUCGGUGACGCCGAGCAAGCUGGUGUUCGACGAGGAGCACGGGAGCCUGGCGUACGAGAUCACGCUGGCCGUGGCCGGCAACCCGGUGAUCGUCGACGCCAAGUACUCGUUCGGGUCCCUGACGUGGAGCGACGGCGCGCACGAGGUGAGGAGCGCCAUCGCCGUCACGUGGCCGAGCGGCGGAGCGUCGUCCAUGUAAAGAGAUGUACACUAUCACGCGAUUGCUCUCGUUUUACUCUGCACGCGCCUGUGAAUUUUACUCCAUUUUACUCUGGAAUAAAUUAUCUUUGAUAUAUA